AUGGCGCCCAUAUCGUUUCUCGAUUGUCCCCAAGAGGUGCAGCUCCACAUCGUCGAAUUUAUUCCCCAGUGCGACUUGGCCGGGCUCUCUAAGACCUGUCGUGCCCUACACAGCCUCACCGAGCCUCUGAUUUAUUCCUCUGUCAAAUUUGAAUGGGCGAGGGAGUUCUAUCCGCCUAUCACUCGAUUACUCCAGUUGAUCCGAACAUUGUUAAAAAGACCCCACUUAUGCCCUUUGAUGCGUCAUGCCGACUUUGAAGGCUUUGGCUACAUCGACGAAAUAGGCUCGUGUGGCUCAGACUGGACAGAGGAGACUCCUGAUCCGCCACCUGUCAUCCCAGAACUUCCCACCGACGAACUCUCUGCGACCAUCGGGAAAACAUAUGUUUCGGAGGCUGUCGCCGACGAGUGGUGCCAGAAAGUUCAAUGCGGAUCUCCUGAAGCUUCGGUCGCAGUUCUCGUUUCCCUACUACCAAACCUGGAACGGCUUUGUCUUUCCUCCAAUUGGACAAACGACACCCGUUUCCUUGGUCAUAUGCUUCGAGCUGCACUAUGCGAGAAGCCUGAGCAUACAUCAGAAGCAAGCUUCCUUUCUUUUGCUUCCUUGAAGCGCGUAUCGCUUGCACCAAUGUUCGACGAAGAAGGUCACCUCAAUCCAAGUAAUACAGCAGAUGCACUGGCAUUGUUCUACCUGCCCAAUAUUGAGACUCUCUCAGUAUCGAUUGACAACCCCACCAACUUUACUUGGCCCUCCUCUUCACCACCAAACCCAACAUCGCUAGAGUCCCUCGAGAUCUUUCGGCUAAGAGAAAGUCGCCUGGCACCAGUUUUGUCAGCGACACAGAACCCGAAGAAACUAAAAUACAACUGGAUGUACCGUCCUGACCUCGACAGGGAGGUCAGCAAACAGGCUGUGAUGCUGGGCGUGUUGUCAGAAGCCCUCCUUGAGACUAAAGACUCGCUCGAGGAGCUUGAAAUCACUGCAGAGAGUUUCCCUGCAAUUUCGCAUGGGAUGUACGAGCCGCCCGAUGUCACGUUCCAAGGGUCAAUCGCUCGACUCCGCGAGAUGCACAAGCUAAAGACUCUUCAUAUACCGUGGACAUUUCUCACGGGGAAGAAAGGGUAUUCUACCGGCCCUGGUCUCAUCGGGGCUGCAGUUCCACCCAACCUUGAACAUUUGGCAUUGGAUUGUGCCUUCAUGUGGUCUGAGGAUGAUGACUAUGAAGAGGACCCAGAUGAACUGAUGGUUGAAGGUUUUGGAGAAGAACUCGAGAGCGGCGCUUUGUCGCAUGCGAAAUCACUGGAAAGCGUUUGCUUACCGGGAUCCUUGUAUAUUCAUGGGUUGUCAGACAUCUGCGAGAAUAAGCUGAAAGUCCUUGAGGAAAGGUUUGGAUUGGCAUUGAGCUAUGAUAAGAGAAGAGAGUGA